GCAGCAGCAGCAGAAGCAGCCAUCGCCGCCGGGGAGACUUUGGAGCUGUUCGGUGUGUUUAUUUCACCCAAGAAACACUUUUCUCCACCAUGUCGGGAUUUGACACCAACCCCUUCGCCGACCCGGUGGACGUGAACCCCUUCCAGGAUGCGUCAGUCAAACAAGCCACCAGCAGAGCCACUGAAAACGUCGGGGAGUUCAACCCAUUCUCUGCUCCUGAUAUGAACAACUCUGCCACGACCAUCCCCAUCUCUGCUGCCUCCUCUCAACCCGCCGUGCUGCAGACGUCUGUGGAGCAGAGCGCACAAGCGACUGCAGCUGCUGGCCAGGCGAACCUGAUCAAACAGCAGGAGGAGCUGGAGAGGAAAGCAGCUGAGCUGGAGAGGAAGGAGCAGGAGCUGCAGAACAGGGCCGCAAGCGGAGGACGCAACUCUGGGACGAAAGAGAACAACUGGCCACCUCUUCCAAGUUUCUUCCCCGUGAAGCCGUGCUUCUAUCAGGACUUUGAGGAGGACAUUCCAGAGGACUACCGCAGAAUCUGCAAGAGAAUGUACUACCUCUGGAUGUUCCACAGUGCCACCCUGUUCCUCAACGUGCUGGCCUGCCUGGCUUACUUCACUGCAGAGAAUGCUUCUGGUGUUGACUUUGGUCUGUCCAUCCUGUGGUUCAUCCUCUUCACCCCUGUGGCCUUCAUCUGCUGGUACAGGCCCGUCUACAAGGCCUUCAGGUCCGACAGCUCCUUCAGCUUCUUUUUCUUCUUUUUUGUCUUUUUCUUCCAAGUGGCCGUGUACAUUAUCCAAACUGUGGGGAUUCCCAGAUGGGGAAACAGCGGAUGGAUCGCUUCAAUCAGCAUGAUCCGCACCAACCUGGCUGUGGCCGUGGUGAUGAUGGUAGUGGCCGGAUUUUUCACUGUAAACGCCGUCCUGGCUGUCAUCCUACUGAAAAUGGUCCACUCCAAGUACAGGAGGACAGGUGCCAGCUUCACCAAGGCCCAGCAGGAAUUCUCCCAAGGAGUCCUGACCAACAGAUCCUUCCAGAGCGCUGCAGCCAGCGCGGCCACCUCCGCUGCCCAGGGAACCUUCGGCAGAGGCCAGGGGAAUUAGACUGUUUCCCACAGCCUCAGUGCCUCAGGCUAGUCUCCUCUCUGAUCAGAAUACCAGACCAGCCACGUCCCAGCAUUAUUCAAUGAGUUUAGGAGAAUGGGGGGAUUGAUUAUUUCAAGAAAAAGGGCAAAAAAACCAACAAGUAACUUAUGAUGAGAUCAGCCUAGUGAGGUGUCGCUAUUCACCACUUCUGCUCAGAAAGUUUACGGAGACUGUGGUAAAAUAUGGAGGUCUUAUGGGAGCAUGUGAUGCCUGGUGCAUGUCUUGGUUGUUAAUGAAGUCUCUCAUCAGUAAAUGAUGUGUUUAAAAUCUAUUUUGGGAAAUGUACUGUAGGAAAUUGAAAACACGUGAAGUUAAACAGGAGGCAGAGUGGGUGUGAAAGACAAACAUUAGCAAUAGCUCCUGAGGUGCAUUUACCACUGCACUAUAAAGGCCAAUGUGAGAUUAUCUGCAAGGAAAAAAGUCCAUCUAUUUAAAUCCUGUCAUUCAUAAAAAUGCUGGUGAGGAGGAUUUUUUUUAAAUCUCAAUGUUGAUGUAGAAAUAACACAUUGGGGCCCUUAAAGAUAAGCGAUGUGCGCAGAGUUUGGAUUAUAUUAAAAGCAUACUUGACAUGAGAAUGUUUUACCAUCAGCGAAUGAUGGACACACAUAAUGUGUGUAUACAUAUUUCUGUCAGUGAAGCAGCAUGUAGAGCCUUAAUUCUGACCCAAAUAUUUAAUAAUACUUAUAGUACACUAUAUACAACUAAGUUCUGAUCAUUUUCUAGUUCUUUUCCUCUGAGGCAGACUGGAUAGACUGUAAAAUGAGAUGCAUCCUGUUACACUACUGAGCUGUCUGAAUCUUGCUGACUAAAUCUGAUGAUUUCACAACUGUAUGGGAUGAGCUGAUGAUUAAUGAAGUUGACGGGAUGAAGGUCUUUUUCUUUGUGCUGUUUUGAACUGAUUUUUGAUGAAGUGAGGCUAAAAGCACUUCUGAGGGCAAAUGAAGAUGAGUUUCAAGCGGGGUGUUACAUUCAAAUUCAUUGCGAUUUACCUUUGUUUUCUGUCAUCGUACGGAGCCUUGUUGUGAUAAAAAUGAAAGACAGGGUGCAGGUUUAUUCAUGUAGUGUUACUGACAUAGAUUUUAGAUGUAUUUACUUUUUAUUUUUUUAAAAAGUGCAUUAUUGAGCAAAAAGAACACAAUAUUUGUCUGUCAGUUAUCGAUUGGUUUAACUUUGUAGCAAUAGUAAAUACACUGCAGACAAAAGUCCCAUGUUUCUGACGGAUAGAUUGUAUUUUCUAACUGCACCUACUUGUCGUUAGCAUUUUCAUGUCUUUACAUGUGUGUGUAUAUAAACGCUGUCUUCUUCUGAUCCCAUGUUAGCGCAACACUGAAUCACUUCAUUUCGGUAUAACCUUGGUGCCUUUGAACAGAUGUAACCUACCAGCGUUUGUGUGGGGAUUUAAGCACAAGGUUGUUGAUUAUUAGCCUGAUUUUAUAGAGAAAUUUGUAUCAUGGUGAAGUUUCCCUGUCAUGAUCUGAAUGUGUGUCGAGACGUCUUGUACAUAUUGGUGACUUAUUUAAAAUAUAUUUGUUGGAAGGGUGUUUGUUGGACUUUGGUUCCCAGUCUUAACAUUCAAUAAACUGUCAGAUUGUUUCUCUGUUA